GUCUUCUUACACUCCAGUCAUAUUGACUCCAGAAGAGUGUAGCAAAAUUUCAGCUCCCAGUGGGCUGAAACCCUUCCAUAAUGAUAUCAUAGCCAUAUCUUUACCUUUUUUAUAGUGUGCUUUUAUAGAUUAGUUUUAGUUUUGAUUUAGUUGUUUGUUUUUUGUAUAUUAUGUUGCUGUGCUGAAAAAUGAGGGGGUGAAGGUGCCCCUAUGGACCACAUAACAUAUCAUGUCUAACGGAUACCGAACUUUGUCACAGCACCUUAAUGACCUGAAGAAGGAAAACUUCAGUCUGAAGCUGCGGAUCUACUUCCUGGAGGAACGAAUCCAGCAGAAGUAUGAGGACAGCAGCGAAGAUGUCUACAGAAGAAAUAUAGAACUUAGAGUGGAAGUGGAAAGCCUGAAACGAGAACUUCAGGAGAAGCAGCAAUUUUUGGAGAAAACCUGGGCUGCUACUGAAAACUUUACUAGUUACAAUGAAGCAGAGCUGCGCCGCCAGUAUGAGCAAAAGCAGGAAGAAACUGAGCAAGUUCAGGAACUUUUGGAGAACAAGAUACAGCUCCUGCAAGAGGAAGCCAGACUUGCCAAGAAUGAAGCUGAUCGAAUGGCAGCAUUACUGGAAGUGGAAAAGGAAAAUAGUCAGGAGUUAAGGAAGACAAUCAAGGAAUUCAACUCUCAGAUGACAGAGGCCAGACUCCUUCAGAAAAAUUACUGCACCACAUUGGAUGAAAAAGACAGGAUGUUACAACAUCUGACACAAGUACUGGAUAGCAAAGACUCCCUUAUAAACCAACUAACAGAGGAGAAGCAGGGUCUGCUCAUGAAUUGUCAUGCCAAAAGUCUUGAGCAAGAAAUUCAGAAUCUGAAAUCUUCCUUACAACACAGGGACAAUGAAGUGAAGAAACUUCAAGAGGAGAAACAUAGGACUCAGCAAGAUAUGCAGAAUCUUAUUGAUAAGCACUGUCAGGAAGUAAACCAGUUUGGUGCUUUAACUGGGCCUUACAACGAAAUGAAACCAACAGAUACCCAACUGCAAAUACAGCAAAAAAGACUGCAAGAGAGUGAGGCCAACAAUAAGAUGCUAAUGGACAGUCUGCAUCAGAUGAGAGCAGAGUUGAACUCUGCGCAAGAAGCAGCUCGCAGCCAAAAUCGCAUUAUCGAGAGCCUGAAGGAAACUCUGCAGAGCAGAGAAAACGAGGUUGCAGAACUGUAUGAUGUAAUCAAGAAUCUAAAUGAAACUGUCUCCAGGCUUCAGGACACAAUACAGAAACAACAGCUUGAGAAUUUACAGGGUUCUCAGGUUACACCAUCCCAGCUGCAGUUGCUGGAUCUGCAGAAUAGCCUCUUCUGUACCCAGAUGGAGCUGCAGAAGCAACAGAGGGCCCUCCGGCAGAAGGAGCGACAGCUGACAGAUGCCAACAGGUCCCAGCGCUUGCUAGAGGCAGAACUUCUUGAGGGCCAGCAGCAGAAGGAGACCACAUGGAAGCACAAUCAGGAGCUGCACGGAGCACUGCACAAGCUCCAGGCAGAGCUUCAGGAAAAGAGCCAGCACCUUCAGAGUCUUGAAGAGGAACGAUGUACAAGGCUCCAUGCUCAAGAUCACAGCAUCCAGCUCCUGAACCAAUCUCUGUCUCAGAAAGAGCAGCUUCUACAGGAGUACAUGGAUCUUUUAGAAUCCCAGCAGAGCUUGACAAAAGGCCCUGGAGGCAGUGAUCAUAUGCUGGAGAAGCUGCGCCAGAGAAUCAAGGACAGAGAUGCUGCCUUAGAGCGUGCAAUUGAUGAUAAAUUCUGCGCUCUGGAAGCCAAGGAGCAGGAGGUGCAGCAGCUUAAGCAGACUGUACGCGAGAAGGAACGUGACUUGGAGAGAAUGCGCAGUGUCCUGUCUGGGAACGAGGAGACUAUUAACAGCCUAGACAGCCUUAUGAAAGCAAAAGACCUGGAACUGGAACAGAUUACAGCUGCUUACAAAAACCUACAGUGGUUAAAGCAAGAGACAGAGGAGAAGUAUAGCCGCUCGCUAAGGGAGAGGGAGACCAUUGUACAGCAGCUGCAAAGUGCUCUGCAGGAGAGAAACACUGAGACUGAGGAGAUGCGAUCAUGUUUAGUGAGAAGACCGGGCAUGGGCAGCAGUGAGCUGUUGGAAGAACUUAAUGUCUGCCUGCAGCGCAAAGAGAAGAUGCUACGAGAGGCUCUUUGUGACAGGAGCAAUCAGGCCGAAGAACACACUAGAGAGAUUCAGGAGCUCCUUACUACGAUUGCAUCAGAAAAGAUGGAUCAAGCCUUAGUUUGUAGAAACUGUGCAGCAAGAGGCCAACAAAACCAUGAGAUGGCGCAGUCUGCUAAUAUUACUCACUUACAAGCCAUUCUGAAAGAAAAGGAGCAGAUCAUUCAGGAGUUGACUCAAAAGCUGUCAAAUGCUGGUUAUCCUAUGUCAGUGUGCACGAAGCCUGAAGAAACUAGCGCUUCCUCUCAAGAUACUAUUAAAGCAGAAGAUUUGGAAAAUGAUCUAGCCAAAGCCAAAGAUGAACUCCAGCUUGUUUUAAGAAAAGAAAGAGAAAACAAGCUUGAAGUGUCAGCUCUGCAGUCCAUCAUUAUGAAACAAAACAUGCAACUACAGGAGCAGGCUGCAGACAUGGAGGCCUUGAGCAGGAACAUUCAGAUAAAAGAAGAUCUUAUAAAGGAUCUGCAGAUGCAGUUAGUUGACCCAGAGGAAGUACCAACUGUAGAACGCCUGACCCAGGAAGUCUUCACUCUCAAAGAGAAAGUGGCUUGUAUGGGGAUGCUAAGCCAAGAUCGUGGUGAAGACUGUGCCCAGAAGCUUUCCAAGCAUCUUGAAGAACUUGUUGCUGAUAGAACCAGGCUCAGUGAAGCUCUGCAGAUUGAGAAGCAGCUGUACAGUAGCCUUGUGCAGUUUCACACGGACCCUGACCGCUUUAAGAACAGCUCAGCAUUGCAGGCGGAGCUUCUAGCCGUACAGAAACUGAGGGUGCAAUUGGAAGAUACCAUUGAAAAGGCAACGCAGCGGUUGGCCCAGCAGGAGACCAAGAACAUGGCACCAGCCAUCAGUUUUGGAGGUCUGAGUGAUGAAGAUGAUGAGGAUGAUUCCUGCUCUCACUUUACUGACAGUAUUGAAGAUGAAGCAGAUAUUCCCACUAUCAAAUGCAAAGCAACCUCUCAGGAAAUUACUUUGGGAUUAGCUGAGAAUGCUGAGGACACCGAAAAGUACCUACAAAACGAGCUUCUCACUGUAAAGGGUGAGCUCCACAAAGUGAUUAUAGAGAAGACAAAAUUAGAAAAGCAGCUCGAUGUUCUGAGGAACGAAAUGAAAGAAGCUGAUAUAUUCAGUAAUGUGCAAAACAAUUUGGGCCUGGAAAAGAAUGAUCUGAAAGUAGAGAUGGAAAAUGCAAAGUUAAGAAAAUGUUAUGAUGAGAAGACAGAGGAGACAGGGGAUGGUGGAUCUGUUGAGGAGGGUUUAAGGCUGAAGAUUAAAAAGCUUCAAGGGAAGAUGAAUGAGGCCGAGACUGUGAUCAAACACCUGAAGGUACAGUUGGCACUGAAUUCCAGAGAUGGGGAAGUAUCAUUUAACCCAGACCUGAUCGUUAACAUGGCCAAGGAAAUAGAGCGCCUGAAGAUGGAGGCAUCUUCAACUGCAUUUAAAAGAUCUGCAUUGGGAGGGCAAGAAAGAGAACAAAUGUCAAAGAGACGAUGUAACAGGUCAUGGCCAAUGGAUGUAGAAGAGGAUAAACCUAGUUCUAAACAUGAACUACCUACUGAAAUAACGUCUGGUACCGUGAUGUGCGCCACAGCCUUUCAGCAUUCAGAGGACAUUUUAGAAGAGCAAACACAGCAACUGCGCUCAGAGCUGGAACACAGCAUGCGCCAAAAUUGUGAGCUGAAGGAUAAGUUAAUUGUCUCAGAAGCCACUGUUCAUGCCCAGACUGAUCAAUUGGAGCAAUACAGAGUCCUGCUCAAGGAACCACUUGUCGAACAGUAUAGUAAACAGGUGCAGGUGGACCUUCAGGAUCUAGGAUAUGAGACAUGUGGGAGGAGUGAAAAUGAAGUAGACAGAGAAGAAACCACAAGCCCAGAGUAUGAUGAACACGAGGAUAUGUUUAGUGAAACCAGCCUCGUGGAUGACUUGUCCUCUACAUAUAAAGCUUGGACACCCUUAACAACAAGUUCACCUCUAAAAAACAAGGGAUGUUUGCAGAAUGACUGGACUGUGGAUUGGGAGAAAUCAGAAGAUGUAACUGUUCUCCAGCAGCACAUUAAGGACCUCAAGGUGCAGCUGCAGAGAUCACAAAAGGUUAUCAAAAGCCUACAAAACAGAACACGUUCAUUCUCUGCUUCCAGUGAGUGCACUUCUAGCCACCAUCGCCUUAAGCACAGCGUCUCCUUCCAUGGCUCUACAUCACACAGCAUCACCGAUGAAGAUGAAGGCUGGCAGUCAGACACCGUUGGGGCUCCCUCCACCAAAAGCUUAGAACAGCUUGUCCAAAGAGUGUCCAUGCUGGAAGCUCAGCUCCACAAGUCCCGAAGGGAUGGAGGAACUCAGGACCACAUGAGAUCCUCUACUUGGCCUGGCAAGUAUGACUCUCUUAUUCAAGCUCAAGCCCGGGAAUUGUCCCUUUUGCGUCAGAAGUUGCGUGAAGGGCGCAGUGUGGGUCACAUCCUUACACAACAUCUGGGGGACACCAUCAAAUCUUUUGAAGAGCUUCUCCGUGCAAAUGAUAUUGACUAUUACAUGGGGCAGGGCUUCCGGGAACAACUGUCUCAAGGAAGCCAAAUGGCGGAAAGGCUGAAUAGCAAACUGGACAGCAAGGAGCGUCUUGAUGCGGAUGAUAAAUCAAGACAUGAAAUACUGGCAAUCAGAUUAAGUAAAGAGCUGCAACAGAAAGACAAAAUAAUAGAGUCGCUACAGUCAAAGCUGGAUGAUCGAUCUGUGACUCCAGCUAGCAGCCAUGCCAUCUCAGAGUCAGAUCAGUCAGACAGGACGUCCUUUGUGUCAGAUGACCAGCUUUCCACCAAUGAGGAUUUAGAAGGCUGUUCAGAGGUGGCCACAGCCAGUGAUUAUACACAGUAUGAUCAAAGAAGCAUCCAAGACCCAGAUAUUCAUAACAAUAAAGGUAUUCCCCUCCCAUCAAAACCAUCGCUUACAACUUUUCAUGAAGGUCAGCCACAGACCAAGCAUCAUAUCAGCGCAUCACAGGUUCAUUCUGCGGACAAUGUUCAGCCUGCACAAGGUUUCAAUUUUAACCACCCACCCAACUCAGCCAAUGCUGUACCUGCUGCUGCCCUCCAAGUCAAUCCACAUUUUGUACCUUUUGGUACCCAUCCUUCCAUCCAUGGUCCACCUGUAUUUAAUCUGGCUGAAGUCCACCAGGAGCUCCACAUGUUGCAGAAGCAAUUGGCAGAAAGUAUGCCUCUGACUACUCCUGCAGUAAAACCAGCACAAGCCUCCAGCACUUUCUUUGAUACAACCAGCUCUUCUGUCUUCCCACCUUAUUUUCCACACAACUUGCACAACUCUUCCAAGACGUCGGCUCAACAGAGCUGCGCCAACUUCAGGACAGCAGAGCCAGGCUUCUCUAGCAACAGUGCAACCUGGGAUAUGUCACAUCUAGCGAGACCAUCUAAUGUCAAUAUUUACGGUGACACAUCUUCGGGAUCUUCAGGAUAUCAGUCUGGUAGUAAGCUCACAGGCUCUGAUCUGCUUGAGGAGCAUCUUGCUGAAAUCCGUAACCUUCGUCAGCGCCUUGAGGAAUCUAUCCGCACUAAUGAUCGCUUGAGGGAACAGCUGGAAGAGAAACUCACAUCUGCAGCAAGAGGAAAUGGAUCCCCCACUAAUAUUUAUAUCCAAGGUCUGGAGUCACUGCCUCAACUAUCAAACGAGAACAGAGCACUCAGGGAAGAGAACCUCAGCUUGCAAGUGCGAAUAAGUCAGAUCACCAGAGACUAUUUUACUGAGCUGGAGAAGCUGCAAGAGCUGCUAAACUCUUCACGAUCCCAGCUCAAGGAGGUACAGUUAGAUCUUGACGAGAAAAAGAAGGAAUACCAAGAACUACAAGGGAAACUGGAGGGGAAGCAACACGAGGUUCUUCAGCUUCAAAAGGAACGCCAAUCAAACCAGGAGAAAUGCAACAGAUGGCAACACCAGGCUACUUUACUCGAACAACAGUUAAAUGAAAAUAUGCAACUUGUUCAAAACUUACAAUCUGAGCUACAGGUUUAUGAGCGGCUCUUUGGUUCUUCCAAAAUGAUGCUAUCAGCUCUCAGUGGUGAGACAUAUCACAACAUCCCACCCAGCCGUGACUUGAACGACCUCCUCACAGAAGUCCGUAGUUUAAGGACCCAGAUGGAGCACAGCAUACAAGUUAACAACUCCAUACGGAACCACUUAGAGAAGCAGCUGGAGGGAAAUGUCAGAACGCCCGAAAUGCAACCAUCAUCCCUCAACAUUUUCACUUCCUGUGAGAAAGGCGCAAAGAUGCAGUUUUUUAAAGAUCCGAUCCCGUCUCCUCCUGUGCGAGAUGUUGGCAUGCACUCCCCGUCCUGCUUCUUCCCCACAGCCUCCAACCUUAGCGCUUCCUUCACUGCUACAGUCCCAGGCUUCCUUCACAAGUCUCCAGAGUCAAGUUGUUGUCAAGCGUCUGCAGAGAAUAGUUCACAAGAGCUGGAAGGUGAUGCCCCCGAUGGGUCUUUUGCCAACAAGAACGGACGCCAUGUUAUUGGCCAUAUUGAUGACUACGGUGCUUUAAGACAGCAGAUAUUGGAAGGGAAGAUGUUAAUCCACAAACUGGAGUCACUUAUGCAGUCAUCUCUCAAUAUACCUUUUCUGGAGUUCCAUGGAACCAAGGCCCUGGAUUAUGGGAACAUCAAGAAACUAUUCUCUACCACAAGUACUGUGCACAAGAUCCUGGAUGAAUCCAGCGCUCUGCUAGACAUGUUCUGGAGAGCUGCCUUGCCCAACACACAAAGUGUCGCUCAACAAAAGAGAGAGGAGCAGGAAAUGAAAGAUGAGAUUUGCCAGCUAAGAAAUAAGGUGAAAGAACAGGAGAACGUAUUGCAGGAAGCUGUGGAGCGCAUGAAAACCGCAAACCGAGCAAAGGAAAGCAUGGAGAAUUUCAUCGUGAGCCAACUUACUAGAACUCAGGAUGUACUGAAGAAAGCAAGAUCAAACCUAGAGUUUGUUCAGAAGAACAGUGAGAAGGGUCCUUCUGUAAAGCCUCACUGUCCCACCAGUAAAGGUCAGAUGCAGCAGCGAACUACAAAACACUAUCCUGUCUCAGAAGAACCACCUAGAAAGAAAAGUCUGCUGAAAUCCAUUAGGAGGCAGGAGAAUUGGACAUGCAAUGGACUCAUUGAAGCUUCCCUGUAUUAAAACAUCCAUGACAAUGUGGAAGUUGAGAAAAAAUGGAAAGUAACUCCCAGGUGUUGAUUAUAAAACAAAACACUUCUGUUAAGGGGAAAUUGGUUCUAAUGUAAUUAGAAUAUAUUCAAACAUUGGUUCCUCUAGCUCCAUACUAAAUAUUUAGUAAAUUAAGGCUAAUCACUUGUAAGAGCUUAAUUUUAGUACAAAGAAAAACUAGUACCCAGCCUUUCACAGGCAAAUUAUCUGCACAGAAAGAAUAUACAAUGUACCAUAAAAAAUUCUCUCAGUAAUGGAGGUUAAAGGUGCAUAGUUCAUGGUAUACUUAAAUAUACUGUGUCAUCUCUCUGGCAAAUACAAUAAUUUUGUCACUAAGAUGUAUUUUUCAUCUUCAAGUAAAGGGCUCUGUAUUUGUAGGGAAUUAUUAGGCUCAACUUUGGACAAAGAUGCAGUUAAAAUAAUAAAUGGGUACUGGAAUCCAUUUAGCAUGGACUAGAAGAAGUAUUUUGUUUCCUUAUUCAACCGCCAGUCAGUUUUUCCAUUUAAUAAAUUAACUGAAGUGUGUUUUUCUUUUAUUUUGCUGUGAAUUCAUUUCAUAGUUUUGUUUAGAAAGAGUGGAAGUUAACGUAAUAUUUUGUUUGCAAUACUUUUGGAGUUAGUUCUCCUAUGCAUUCAGUAAAUGACCUAAGAUAAAGCAUAACCAUAACGAUGAGUAAGUGGAAAGAUAAUCUAUCUAUAACUCAAGUAAAAAUAAGAUAUUGUAUGCCAUACACUGGGCCAGUAUUUACCUGCCAAUAUAGUGUUGUGGUGUAUCCAUGUUCUUCUACAGAUACAAAAAGACUCACAUUGGAUUCUACCCAAUUUUUCAAUCUUAACACCUCUAUCCAUACGUGCUUCUAGAAAUAAACAAUGCUAUUAUAAUAUUAAACUGCUGAAGAUUGAUUCACUGUCUCAGUCUGGAAAGGUUGAGGGCCAUGUAAAAUGUAUUGGAGGAUUUGCUCAAAAAGUAAGUUACCUUCUUCAUUCGGAAACCAUUGACAAUCUUUUUCUUAAAUAAUCUUCUCUCAGUGUUUUGUUGUAGUUAGAUCUGAAUUAUUACUUAUACAAUGCCUCAUAUUCAUAGGGUGUUAAGUAAGAUUGUAAAAGAUUGUCUUUCCAUUUACAAAACUCCAUAUGCCAACAACUCAUAAGGCCUGGAAAAUGGUUUCUUUUAGAUCUAUGAAUAAUAAAAGAUAGGAAUUAUUCUCUCAACAAAAUCUCUUAAUUAUGCAGUACUAUCGAAGGCUUCUACGACAAUGCCUUAUGCACAAGUUUCACCAGCACAACAUUAUGAUUGGUGGAAUUGGACAUAACAAAUGUUUCAAACAUAUAAACUUGAUUCAGCACCUACAAAACAUAAUGUUUCAAACAUUAUUGUCCACGGUGACCUUGAAUGUUUUUAUGGAACCCAGAAGCCUGAUUUAUUGACACACAGCAUACUGAACAAUCUGAGUCAAAUGCAUUUCUUGUUGAAUUUUGUAGUGGAAUGUCUACAAAAUCUAUGGAAAUUAGUAUAUAAAAAAUCCAGAUGUUAGUUUGUCAGUAGUGUUUAUUUAUUAUUGUUAAUAGCAAGGAUGGUGGAUAGACAACUAUAUAUACACUAGACUACAAAAUUAAUUUAACUGCUUCCAAGUCUCUAAAAGAUUCUUCAAAUUGUGUAAAUCAAUAUAAAGAUACAAUGCAAACACAGCAUCAUCUAUAUAUAUAUAAAAUUAUAAACCAGUGUAAGUAUUUCUAUUCUGGCAUGAAUAUACCCACUUCCAUUUUCAAGCAUAUACAGCAACAAGGGUAUAUAUCCAUGACAGAUCUGGAAUCUAACAACUGGUAUAUUUGAUGCUGUAAAGUUGCUUCCUAUAAACAGCUAUAUAAGCUGUAUUUGUAAAUAUAAGUUUACCAUUUGGUGUUUGUGUUGAGUUCCUACUCACUUAAAAGCUUUAAAAAUAACUGCUCUUAUGAUUUUUAAUUGAUCAUUACUGAGUGCCAUAUUUUAUUUUAAGAUUUCACUUUAUUUUUUAAAUUAUAACAAUUAGAAUGUAAUUUUUUUUCAUUAUGGUUACCCUUUUUUUUCUACAAAGACCAGAAAUUACUUAUGGGAAUAAGAAAAUCAUGACAUUAUAAAUAUAUUUAAAUUAACUUUAAAGAUGGAUACAUUUAUGUAAUUAAUGAGGUUGUGUAAACUUACGACUGUCACCCCUAUUAUAAAAAGUAUUAAUAUAUGAUACAAAAUGUAUUUAUAUGUAUAUAUUUCUGUAUAUAUUGCAUAUGUGUGCAGUGUAUAGGCAUUCUGCCUUUUGGUUUUCUUUGUAAGCAGUGAAUAAAUUGUACGUUUAUUGCCUCCCAUGAAUAAUAUGGGAAGAUUAAAAAAUCUGGGGGGAAAAAAGUAAAAGGCGCAUCCUUUUAGUACAGAGUUCCCUAUUAAAAAUAAGGAAAAUAAACAAAUACAGUGUUUGAUA